AUGGCUUCGUAUCUGCAGAAACUGCGCCCCAAGUCUAAGCAGACCGACCCAGCCAAAUUCAGAGAGACAGUCGUUCAUAAUGCGCCCAAGACCGAAGAAGCGUCUAAACGUACAGGACCUGUCCCUUCACCACCGCCGGCACCAGCGAUCAGUGAGCCAGCAGAUGAGACUGGCGCAGAGCCUGUCUUGGACGAAGAAGACGAGAAGUUCCUCGAACGACUUGCCGCAAUUGCACAAGAACCAGAAGGCACCCCGCCGCCGCUCCCCGGUCGCACAGCCGUUGUGGUUGAUGAGAAUGGGCAGCAGAAGGUCGGCAAGGACGCACAGCAAGCGUUGAUGGAUGGUGCGGACAAGAUUGCACUUCCCAACAGCCCACCUGAGAAGAAGGCUUUUGCAUCAUACUUUGCGCUCCCCAAAUUCGGCAAGAAGGGCGACAAGGGCGACAAAGAGAAGGAUGCAUCGCCAAAGGACAAGAAGGGCAAAGCCAAGGUCACCGAAGCGGAGCGUAACGAACUCGCGGACAACCUCUUGGCUGCUGCCGCAGCUUCCAAAGCGGCUGAGCAAACCGAAGCCGAGAAGGAAACUCAGGACCUGACGAAGAUCUUGGAGGAACUGAACCUUUCCGCCGUGAACAACCGCGUUUUCUCCUUCAGCAAGGAAUCCGAAGAACUCCUCCAAAAAUUCACCCUCGUGCUCAAAGACAUUGUAAAUGGCGCACCAACUGCGUACAACGAUCUUGAAAAGCUUUUCACAGACUACGAUGGACAGCUGAAGAAGAUGUACGGUAGUCUACCGCCUUUCUUACAGAACUUCGUCAAGACGCUGCCAGCAAAGCUCACAGCAGGCCUUGGUCCGGAACUGCUGGCUGCGAGUGCAGAGAAGCCUGGCUUUGACGCAAAACAGCGUGCUGGCGGGGCGGGUAGCAAGAGCAAGAAGAGCAGACUACCAGGCGUACCCAAGAUCCCCAGCCUCAAGCAGCUCGUGUCUGCUCAAGGCGCGGUAGCUACAGCGCUCCGCAGUAUCCUCAACUUCCUGAAAUUCAGGUUCCCAGCUCUGGCCACAGGCACCAAUCUGAUCAUGAGUCUGGCCGUGAUGAUCCUCCUCUUCGUCUUCUGGUACUGCCACAAGCGCGGCCGCGAGACGCGUCUCGAGAAGGAGCGUCUGGCCGCCGACACCGCGUCGGCCGAAGCCUCGGGCACCUCAUCGGCCGUCGCCAGCGACGACGACUCUGUCUUCGGCGACAAGAAGCGACAGAAGACCAAGGCGACUUCCGAGCCCGUCCCAAGGGUCGAAGGCGAAGCCACCGAGCCUCUGAUUAUCAAGGACGACAAGGAAAAGGCUACGGUGCACGACUUACCGGAUGUCACGCAGCUGCCUGAUCCUGGCACGGCGCCGGAGAGGAGGUGA